CAGACACACAGAGCCAGCAUUCAUUCUCGGGCUGCGAACGAGGGGGCUGGGGAGCGAGCUUCACUUUGGAAACUCGGGAACUCACGGAUUCUCGUGCAAAACCGGCGACCUCCUUUUCUCAUUCCCGAAGUCCUCGCUGUUGGAUUUCAACCACAGGACACACGCAGGAGAGAGAGAAGUGAGGAAGGAAGUGAGGCUGGGUGAGUUUGGCACAGACCGCUGUCCAUUAGCAGGUAAACUGGGGUCCAAGGUGCGCACUGAGCCGCCUAUGAUACCAACAACACGGAUGGAAAGAACUUUAAUGUGGAACCCUCACAGAGUUUUGCAACGGAGGCUCAGAGUAGAGACAGACUGGCAGUUUAUAUUAUAACUUCAGAGGAGGAAAAAGAGACAGAACGCAGUGCUGCCAAUCGGUGCGUCAGUCCAAGUUAAACAGGAGCAGGAGCCCGACAGGUAGAACUGAGCUUUCAGGAAGGUUAAGGUCCUCUAGAGGAGUAUAAGAGUAUAAGAGAGAAAGAGAGAAAGAGAGAGAGAGAAAGGGGGGCAAAGAAGAUGGCGAGAGAGGAGCAGAGCUUUUCAGAAGUGGAGCUCAGUCCCGGCUUGUCGGAUGACAGUCGCUCCCUGUCCCCGGGUCAUUCCUCCGGGGCGGCAGGUGGACUCGAUUCGCCUCUCGGCGGGCAGCAGCCGCAGCUUGCGGCUCUGGAUGACGCCUCUGCGGGCUGCUCGUCCGUCAAGUCCGACGACGAGGACGAGCGCUUCCCCGCCGGCAUCCGCGAGGCGGUGAGUCAGGUGCUCAACUGUUACGACUGGACCAUCGUGCCGAUGCCCGUGCGCGUGAGCGCAGGAAGCAAGAGCAAGUCGCACGUGAAGAGGCCAAUGAACGCCUUCAUGGUGUGGGCGCAGGCGGCGAGGAGGAAACUGGCCGACCAGCAUCCCCAUCUGCACAACGCGGAGCUGAGCAAGACCCUGGGGAAACUGUGGAGGCUCCUCAAUGAGAGCGACAAGCGGCCCUUCAUUGAAGAGGCUGAGAGGCUGAGGAAGCAGCACAAGAAGGAUUACCCGGACUACAAAUACCAGCCCAGACGCCGCAAAAACGGAAAGCUCGGCUCCGGGUCAGGAAGUGAGGGCGAUGGCCAUUUGGAGGGUGAGGUCACCCACAGCCAGUCCCACUAUAAGGGCCUCCAACUGGAAGUGGCCCACAGCGGGGGAGCCGCGUCCCCUCUGGCUGAUGGGCACCCCCCUCAUGCUGCAGGUCAGAGUCACAGUCCUCCCACACCUCCCACCACUCCCAAGACUGAACUCAAGAGAGAGGGAGCUGGGAAUGGCAGCACCCGUGGCCCCAUGGGAGCAGAAGGUGCUUCAGGAUCUGGCAAACCUCAUAUCGACUUUGGCAAUGUGGACAUUGGUGAGAUAAGCCAUGAGGUGAUGGCCAACAUGGAGCCAUUUGAUGUCAAUGAGUUUGAUCAGUACCUUCCCCCUAACGGGCAUCCAGGGGCUGGGCAGAUUGCUGCAGCAGGAGGUGCUGCCGCGGCUUCUCAGGCCUCUUCCUAUGCCUACGGCAUCUCGACGGCUUUGGCUGCAGCCAGUGGACACUCAGCAGCCUGGCUUUCAAAGCAGCAACAGCAGCAGCAACACCACGGCUCCUCAAUGGGUUCGGAUCCAUCCAAGGCGCAGAUCAAGAGUGAGGCGGGGGGUCCUGGGGCUCAUUUUGCUGACGCAGCCUCACCAGGUGCCCAUGUCACCUACACGACGCUCAGCCUUCCCCACUACAGCUCCGCAUUCCCCUCUUUGGCCUCGAGGGCUCAGUUUGCAGAAUAUGCCGACCACCAGCCCUCAGGGACAUACUAUGGCCACUCGGGCCAGGCGUCAGGGUUGUACUCUGCCUUUUCUUACAUGGGACCCUCCCAGAGGCCCCUCUACACAGCCAUCACUGACCCAUCCAGUGCCUCGCAGUCGCACAGCCCGACUCACUGGGAACAGCCCGUCUACACCACAUUGUCGCGGCCAUGACAGAUAGUGAACCCAGAAAGAACCGGUGCAGGUUCAGCCCCGGUGUCAGACCAAAGCAGGAGAGGCGGCGGCACCAACAGCAGCUCUGUUGGUCACGUCAGAGAUAGAAGUGCUCUGGUCUGGGGGGAUUGGGCUGGCACUGGGGGAGUUGGCUGGGGAGGCAGAACGGGUCACACCUUCUGAUCCCAGCCAGAUGCAGAGAAUGCCGUCACAGCGCAUGAUUGAGUAUCAAGCGUUGGGCUUUUGAAUCGCGUUUUAUUUACUGACAGCACUCGUUGUAGGAGUCUGGGAGAGUAAUACCAUGGCGAUACAAAGAAAAACAACUAUUCAACAGCACUGCAGCAGAGCUUGAGACCCUCAAAACAUCACAACUAAACAUUUAUAAGGGGGAGAAAAGCUUAAAUCCCCAUUAGUGUGAAGACUUCCUGUGCAUUACAGAUGGUACAUCAGCUUUUACAAGCCUUUUCCACAGCCAGGCCUUGUGUUGUAAGGGGUUGUGAGGGGUCUAACUAAAAGCAAGCCAAAUUCUGUUUGAAAGAAAUGCAUCAAAUGCCACACAUCGGGGUUUUCCAUUCUAACUCAGGACUGAUCUCUAAUCUCCCGCAAUAUUAAAACAGCAUUAUUUUCAGUUUACACAUUUGCAUGUGUUCAUCCGACGCCUCGUUGUAAACAAAGCAAACAGACACCAGUUAAGCAAAGUGCGUCGCAUGUUUUCACUGAACUGUGCGCCGUCUUCGAGAUAGGCGACGAAGGCACCUGCUAAAUAUUUAUGCCUGCAGAUGCAAACUUUUUGUAAGAUGACCAAAGUUUUACAACCAAAACUUUUGAUGUUUUCUAUAGAAGAAACAGAAACUUUCAUAGAUGUUUCUCCCAACGUGACAUCCCAAACUACCUGACAUUCUGUACUUAAGUAGACCUUUUUUUUUUUUAGGUUUAGCUUUACUUUGGAAAUGUUUGUGUCAAAAUCUACGUUUGCCUCUUUUCUUUUACAUUAGCACUGAUAAGUAUGAAAAUUUAUGAGCUUUUUUUUUAACAUUCAUGAUCAAUUUAUUCUUUUUAUUGUUCGUGGUAAAAAUAAUGUGCCACAGAGAACACAUUUCAUUGUAUUUGCUAUUAAUACUUUGUUUUAUAUAUAUACAUCUGCCAUCACUAACUACACUGGAAGACUUCACUGUUGUUUCUCUCUUUGGAAAAGUUCAGUAUUCAGUGUUUGAGAGUCCAACAGCUAGCUGCCACAUGUGAAGUGUUUUAAUGCAGUUCGAUAUUAACUGAAAGAAUGUGCCUUUUCCUUAUUAAUGCGUACUAACGAUUCAUACAGAAGAGCAACACCUUCUUGGUCAUUUGCUUUUUUUUAUUGAUAACUUUUAUGUCUCUUUAUUUUCAUAACUAAUAUCACUUUGAUAUAUCAGCUUCUCUAAAGCUUUGAUUAACCUUAAGCAAAGGUGAAAUAUACAAAAAUAUUUUUUGCUGUCUUGUGUAAAAUGUAUAAUGAUUUGAAACAUGUUUAAAUUUAUGGCUUUCACUUUCUGUCACUGCUUUUUCUUGUAAUUUGAACAUUUACCUUCACAGGUCGGCUCUUAGUGUUUCGUUUCUUAUUUAAGUGUAUUUUAUAUUAUUUUGCACUGCCAUUUCCUUUUAUUAUAAACCCAUAUAACUGACACAGAGUUGAUGUUUUUGACCAGCAGAUUAUGACUAAACCACAUAAAAACAUGAGCUCAAAGCCUUAAAAUAUGAAAAUUAUAUGUGCUCUUUUUUUCUUUUUCUUUAAAUAAAAUGAUUUGUCUGCUUG